AUGGAUUCAUGCCAGAGCUCAAGUCGCAGUUCAAGCAGCACGUCGUACAUACACCGUCCUCAUGUCGAUUUACCACUUCUCAAGGAAGACUUCGAACUUGGUCUCCUACGAUACGACUCCUACAGCCCUAGCUCCAUUUCUGAGGCAGUAGUGCAUUGCGUCAAUCGAAUCCGUCUACUCGACGAGAAUAAGUGGCAUCCAAGACAACGAUAUGCCCUCAAAAGCUUCAAGAAUGAAGGGACUUGGAAGCUCGGAAUGCCAAACAAUCUCGAAGACUUAAGAAAGUGGUUCGAGAUAUUCAAUGACGCGUUCUUCGGCGGCUUUUUGACGGGAUUGGUCGUUUUACGGUUUGAGAACAUAACAACUAUGCUGAGCGAUCAUGAAUUGGCUAUGGGCCUUACCUCUUCACCACAAUUGAGCGAUAAUGCUGACCUAACAUACCGACUUGAAAGACCAGAGAUUACAAUCACUUUGACGUCCAGACCACAUGCGCAUCCCACGAAAGAUGUCAGAAUCAUUCUGGAAAAUCUUCUUCACGAACUUUGUCAUGCCAUAGUCAUGGCAUACUCCUGCUGUUGCAGAUCGUGCCAAAGACAUCAGAUGUAUGGAGGAGGCAACGACGGUCCUCAUGGCAUAUGUUGGCAGAGACUAGCACAAGCUAUCGAGAAAGCCGUUGACGUUAGCGUGGGAUGUUUCAAACUGGGGCUCAAUCUGUCACGCAGUUCAAGCUUGGCUUCAGACGUUUUUGAGCACUGGCGAUUUCCAAGCGAAGCUGAAAUUCGGCCACUCGAGCUCGAUACACUUGAAAUUCUCGAGAGAAUACAAGAACUGCGAGACUGGACCAUCAAAGGGGCAGCUUGGGUUGAAGAAAAUAUAUGUGGCCCUGAAUCUGAGAAUGAGAUGGAGCUACGACUUCCAAUAACCCAUGAUAUGGGCUUCCUGGACGAAUGUCAUUUCCCUGCUCGCAAAUUCAGAGAAGACCUUGAAAUUGGAUGCCUGAAGCCGCUGUCUUAUAGCGCUGAAGAUAUCUCGGCAGGCAUCAUUAGCUAUUUAACCCCAACCACAUAUUACUGCCUCGUCGGAGAUCUCGCUCCUCAUCAACAACAAGCCUUGAAGCUAUUCAAAAAUGUUGGGGCAUGGAGUAUCAGUAACCCUCACAAUCUCAACGAUCUCAAGAAGUAUUUCGAGAUAUUCGAUGGCGCCUAUUUUAAUGGCGCACUAGAAGGAUAUUGCAACUUGGAAUUUGUCUCGAGCGAGCGACUUAUCGAACGUGGUCAGAAUUCUUGCGGGAUCCUUUCUGCUUGUGGAGGAUUCGUCCAACCAGGGGCAGAACGAGAUCCACGAUAUCCAGUCGAAAACCCGCAAGUCACUAUUUCAAUUUCUCGAUUACAACAAACCACUACCUUCUCGAUCAUUCAAAUGUAUUUGAACACCCUGCUUCAUCAAAUGUUACAUGCAAUCUUCGACAUCUACCAGUAUCCUUCUGUGCAAGGAAGUCGGCAAAGUAUGGGCCAAGAUCAUAAUACCAGGCAUCACUCAUCCUGGGCAGCGACAGCCUAUGCGCUUGAGCGAUGUAAUCGACCUGGCAGGAAUCUGUUCGGACUCGGUUUAUGGCUCUGGACCACUAUAGGACUGGCCAUGGAUGCUCAACAUGGAUCCAGCGUACCAAAUGAGGUAGAACUUCGCUCCAUAGACACCGAUAUGGUUACACUUUUGGAGCGGCUGAAACACAUCCGUACCGAGGAAGCUGAGAGAAGAAAACAUGCACGCACUUUCAUGAAACCAAUAAAAGCUAGCAGCUGCUGCCUGCGAGAUCAAUGUUCAACAGAUGGCUGGGACCGAAACUUUGGAUAUGACCGAUCAAUAUGGACUGAGAGAUUAGGAGACUAG